UUGAAGACAAACGAUUUUUAAGUUUUUACGAUACGACUAGAUUAGAUUCAUUAAUAGAACUUAAAAUGGACAAACUAUUGGUUAUAGCGAAGUUUAAAGAGAGACCAGAUAGGUUAUUUUGGCGAAUGUAUGAGUUCAAUUUUGACAAGUCUAUCGAAGAAAAAUCUAUUUCUGAAAAAAGAAAAAUAAAAAUUAUAUAUGAAAAAUACUUAAGAAAUAAAACACUACCAAAUUACCGGGACAUUGCUGUCAGAGAAUUCAAUUUAGCAAUGAAUUCAAUACACGUAGAAUAUCAUUUUGGCGAAGGACAAAUUACACGACCGGGUAGAUUGUUUCAUAAACCUUUGGUAAGUGGCAAAGAUAUUCAGUUUGAUGAAGACUUAGUAAUUGAAAAUGAAGUAUAUCCAUAUGAAAAUAAACUAAAACCAUUUGAAGCGUAUUUAAUGCUUAAAGAUAUGAUGGAAGCCGAGUAUGAAGCACGUCGUGAUUUAUCUCGAUUGGAGACCAAUGUUUCUUCUAUUUUGAAAACACGUAUUAGUGAAUGCUUAAAAUUUCAAUUGAUUGUGGAAUCUCUUGAUUGGGAUAGAAAUACAAAAAAUAAGCAACUUCUUCAAAAUGAAAAAGAUAAAGUACGAGCGUUUAAAAAAAGAGAAAAAGCUAAACAGAUUGAAUAUGCUUUACCAUACCUAGAAGUAGCAACGAAACCUUUGACGGAGCAAUCAGCAAAAAUUAUACGAGACAAGAUUAUUUCAGAUUUUAGACAGUCAACUAAAUAUCAAUUUGUGAAAGCAAGAAAUAGUUUAAUUAAGAAGCAAUUUGCACUUAAAUCAAUGAUGAAUUCGUUAGAAAGUGAUGUAUUUGAAAAUAUUGAACAAAAAAAAAAGAUGACGACUUUGUGUUCAACUCUAAAAAGCAAAUUGGAUAUGUUAUUAUUAAAAAUGGAAAGAUUUAAAGAAAAACAGAUUGAAAAAUAUAAUAAUUUAGCUUUAUAUUUA